AUGCAAGGAGCUCUAAAUGCGCUAGCGGUCUCCAACGUCUGCACGGACAACUGGGAUAGUCUGCUUGUCACCAUUUGCGCUUCCAAAUUGCCGAACUCAUCCGGACCUCAGCCCAACGUACAGAGCUAUUUCGCCUCCAGCACAAGUACCGUUCUUCUGGGCACGGCACUCAUUAAUAUUUGUCACCUGGGGACCAAUUUCCGUGCCCGUGCACUGAUUGACUCAGGCUCCGAGGCGACGUUCAUCACUGAACGUCUUUUUAACAUUAUUAAGCCACCGUUCGAAGCCAUACAGGCUCAAGUCGCAGGCUUAAACCAAACCGUGGCGGCUAAGGCGCAAAGGCGCUGUCACUUCAUGAUCGGGGCCGCCUCCAGGCCUGGCCUCAAAAUCGAGACCAUGGCAUAUGUUCUGCCUCAAUUAGCAGGUAACCUUCCCUCAUAUCCGAUACCGCAGCACUUCUUGGACAAGCUUCCAAAUCUCCCGCUGGCAGACCCCUCCUUUCACCGAAGCUCGCAGAUUGAUGUGCUUUUAGGCGCUGACAUCCUCCCUUCUAUCCUGUUGAGCGGCUUCCGGUCUGACAUUUGCGGCUCGCUGCUAGGACAAGAGACCAUCUUCGGAUGGGUCCUAUCCGGUCCGGUAUCAGCUGACUCGACUCGGACGGUUUCCGCCUUCACCACGAAGCUCUCGUUAGAUUCGAACGUCCGACUCGAGAAGCUUCUCACCAAAUUCUGGGAGGUGGAGGACCUUCCGGGGAAGCCGACGAGUGAGUCAGAUUCUGUGUGCGAGGAAAACUUCCGCAAGACCACUAAACGAGCCCCCGAUGGGAGGUAUAUUGUUACUCUCCCUUUCAAGUGUCCAGAAAAUGUCGAUCUAGGACACUCCAGGUGCGCGGCACAGGCCCAGUUCCUUAAAAACGAGCAGCGUCUGCAGCGGAAUUUGCCGCUCAAAGAGCAGUACGACGCCGUUAUCCAGGAAUAUUUAGAGCUAGGCCACAUGACAGCGGUUACACCCAGUCAUGACUCCGGCCAUUACUACCUUCCACAUCACGCCGUGUUUAAACCCGACAGCACCACAACCAAACUGCGCGUGGUCUUCAACGCCUCCAGCCCGUCUUCCAACGGGAAAAGCCUCCACGACACAUUGCAUUCGGGGCCAGUCCUUCAGUCUGACUUGACUAUGCAAAUCCUGAAGUGGCGAGUCUUCCGCUAUGUCUUCAAUGCCGACAUCAGCAAGAUGUACCGCCAGAUCCAAUUGUCUUCCCAACACACGCCCUAUCAGCGAAUACUCUUUCGCGACCGUAAGGGGGACGUGUGUGACUACGAGCUUGCCACUGUCACCUUCGGAGUCCACAUGUACGUGGACGACGUGCUGGCUGGUGCUCACACUCAGUCACAGGCAAUCUCCGCCAUUUCAGAAUUACGCAAAGCGCUCGAUUCCGCAGGGUUUCCACUCCGAAAGUGGACAGCGAACCACAAGGGCGUACUGCGCGACAUUCCGGUCGACCACCUACUUCGAGCUGACUUCCUAGAGCUUGACGAAAGUAGCAUCGCUAAGACAUUGGGGAUCCGAUGGCAAGCCAGUGCCGAUGAAUUCUUCUUUGCUCCUCCCGAAGUACUUCAGCGGGAGUCCUGA